GGCGGUGCGCGCUGAGUCAGCGGCGCGGGGCGGAGGAUGGCGGCGCGGCGCGGGGGGGGCGCCCUGCUGGCCGCGCUGCUCGGGGGGGCUCUGCUGGCCGCCGCACACCCGGACCGCGACGGCGCCGAGCCCUGCCGAGCCUGCCGCAGCCUGGCCGACAGCUUCAGCAGGGGCCUGGAGCGAACGGAGCAUGAAGGCUUCGGUGGGGGCAACACAGCCUGGGAGGAGGAGAAGCUGUCCAAGUACCAGCACAGCGAGACCCGUCUGCUGGAGGUGCUGGAGGGUGUCUGCACCCCUUCUGACUUCGCCUGCCACCAGCUGCUGGAGCGGAGCGAGGAACACAUAGAGCAGUGGUGGUUCCACGAGCGGCAGCAGCAUCCUGAUUUCUUCCAAUGGCUGUGCAUGGACCGGCUGGAGCUGUGCUGCCCGCCUGGCACCUAUGGCUCUGACUGCCGGCCCUGUGCUGGUGGGCCCCAGCAGCCCUGCAGCGGCAAUGGGCGAUGCGAUGGCGAUGGCACACGCCGUGGCACUGGCCUGUGUGUCUGCAGCCCAGGCUAUGGUGGCCCCUUCUGUGCCGAGUGUGGUGAUGGCUACUACGAGGCCUCGCGGAACAAGAGCCACCUGAUAUGUGCUGAGUGCUACCGGGCAUGUGGGCGCUGCACGGGGCCAGAAGACUCCAGCUGCCUUCGCUGCAAGAGGGGCUGGAUGCUGCACGAGCACCGCUGCAUCGACAUUGAUGAGUGCGGCACGGAGAUGGCACACUGCCGAGCCAACCAGUUCUGUGUCAACACGGAGGGCUCCUAUGAGUGCCGAGACUGCUCCACAGCCUGCAUCGGCUGCAUGGGGGCCGGGCCAGCUCGCUGCAAGAAAUGCAACAAGGGCUACUGGCGGGAUGGAGCCAAGUGCCUGGAUGUGGAUGAGUGUGCCAGUGCCGAGGAGCCGGUGUGCACGGGGGUGCAGGAAGUGUGUGAGAACACGGAGGGCAGCUACCGGUGUGUCUGCGCCAGUGGCCACGUCCGGCGGGAUGGGCAGUGCGUGGAGGACAAGCCCCCUGAUGCCCCAGAGAAGGGCUUCUUUGAUGAUGUGACGGACGACGAGGUGGUGGUGCUGCAGCAGAUGUUCUUUGGUGUGAUGAUCUGCGCCCUCGCCACGCUGGCGGCCAAGGGUGACAUGGUCUUCACUGCCAUCUUCAUCGGUGCCGUGGCCGCCAUGGCUGGCUACUGGCUCUCUGACCGCAGUGACCGCGUCCUCGAUGGCUUCAUGAAGGGCAGAUAGCUCUGGGGCUGCCAGGUGUGGCCUGGGAGGGCGUAGGUUCAACCCAGGGUGUGAGACUGCCCCCCCAGCAGGGGCUGCUGAGGCCAAGUCCUGCGUGCAGUGCUGUGCCGUGCAUGCGUCCCCCAGCCCCGUUAGUGCAGGGUCUCACCACCUCCCCAGGAGAACAAGGUGGGGUGCCUGGUCCCCAGGGAGCUCCUGCACCGCUCCCUCUGGCCAGUGUGGCAGCGAGGGGGGGACACAGCAUGCUGCCCCAGCCCCUUGUGCUCUGGAGGACAGGCCCAGCACCGUGGCAGGUUGGGGAGUGCUCUGGCACUGCCAGAUGCCGGGAUGGUGAUGCUGUCACAGCUCGGCCGUGCUGCAUGACCAGUGAGUGUCUCCCAGGCUGGGCUUGCUGGUGUGUCCUCAUAAGACUGUUCCCUGUGGGGCAGUGGGGGCUGGGUCCCCCCUCUGCCCUGCACCUUAGGACUGGGAGAGUUGCCCCUACACUCCUUCCUCCCCCCAUCUCUGUGCAGAGCCCAUCUCUCCCCUCCCGGGCUGGGGGGGCUGGGGGCUCCUGCAGGGCAGCGGGGCAGGGGCUGCUCCCCGGCUGUCGUGCUGGCAGCAGGGGGCACUGCCAGAUGCAUGAGCGUGGCCGUUGCAUUUGUCCGUGGUUUGUCCAUCGGGGUGUGCUCAUCUGUCCGUGUGUCCAUAUCUCAGGAAAUAAAGCU